AUGUCUCCACAUGACUACUUACCUUCGCUUUUCUUAACAUUCCAUCUUUCCUUCCUCAACAUUACACACAUCCCUAAAAGAAAAUCCUCUACAACUCAACGUCCACAAUCAACAGACCUCCAUAACCACACUUUCCACGACGCGACCAUGACAUCGCCCAAGCCCGAACCCAAGCCCCAAGGCUCACCGGUCCCCCCCACCGCUCCCCCACCAGAGCCUAGCCGUCUGAGACUCCCUGGAAACUAUGUCUCCGCAAAACACCCGCAGGCCUUCCACCCCCCUCACGAGCUCGUCAUCAUCGAAAACGAAUUCAACAACUACAAAUCCGCCGGUCGCGUCAGCGACACCCCCGUCUACCGCGUUGUCGAAAAAGACGGCGAGUAUGCAAGCUUCGCGAUUUACUACUUGCUUGAGAAUGUGCAGACGAAGGAGGUGCCGGAGCAGUGGCGUGAGAAGGAUGAGCUGAGGCUUUUUCCAGGCCAAAUGAUCACUGAGAGAUGGUGGGACCUUGACGAGAAGGGUCGGGUGGUGGCGAAGUGGAUGGAAGACUGGGACGCAGAGAAGCUGGCUCGUGGUGAUGAUGGCGAGACCUUCGGGGACGAAGAGACACUGCGUCGAGAUAAUGAUGAGAACGAGAGGCAGGCGGUGAGGCGAAGCUGA